UUUAAAACAACACGAGGUAUUAAAGGACCACUGAGUUUUUUUUCUUCUGCAGAAGAUCUUGUGAAUGCUCGACUUCUUGAAAGGACCGAUUUCUCACACACACAAAAAAAAAACAAGCCCAUGGGAGAAGACAUUCCAUGGUUUAUUUCCAUACUGUAAAAGGAUUCAAAUGUCCGCUGUGUUUGUUCCCAGAAGAAAUUUAUCGUUUUGCUAACAGUAAAAAAGGAAGUGGUUCAGUUCCGAUCUUCUGGCCAACAGAAAGAGAAGAAUGUACUCGUUGGACCGAGCCAAAUACAAGCUGAAGGAAAAUCAUUAAACAUUACAAGUCUAUCACGGACAGAGACACGGCUUUUCCACUGAAUUUCUCUUUCUCAGAUACAGUUUGGCACGAUGGACUACGAUACCUUGUCUGACUCGGAUGAAAAUACAACAUAACAUCUACAUAUCCUCACUUUGUGAAUGACCACGAUGGACGAUCUAAACAUCAGCGACUUCAACCAGAAUGCGCUUGUUUGCUAUGAGUCCAUUAACGGAUCUUGCUGGAGGAUUUCACGACCUUUGAACGUCCAGAUCUCCAUGUUCCUCGGGAUGACAAUCACCAUCCUGAUGACUGUGAUGGGAAAUAUUUUGGUUAUAAUUUCUAUAGCACACUUCAAGCAGCUCCACACACCAACCAACCAUUUAAUCCUGUCUCUGGCCAUGUGUGACUUCUUGUUGGGUAUUUUUGUGAUGCCGUUAAGCUCCAUGCGCUCUGUGUACGGAUGUUGGUAUCUCUCGGACUUUAUGUGUAAGGUGCACACAGGAAUGGACAUCAUGUUGAGCACAGCGUCUAUUUUUCAUCUCACUUGUGUGUCAGCAGAGCGUUUUUGUGCUGUUUGCAGCCCUUUGACAUAUCGUUCACGCUUUCGUUCUGCCACCGUGCUGUUUCUGGUCUCAGCUAGCUGGUUUAUUUCUGCAUCGUUUGCCUAUGCCUUAGUGUUCGGAGAACUCAACCUCAAAGGCAAUGAAGAUUUCUACGAGUCUCAUGUGCGCUGUGUGGGAGGUUGUCAUGUCUUUUUUAGCCAUGGCUCAGCCGUGGUCACUUCUAUGGUCUCAUUUUUCAUCCCUGGCUUAAUUAUGUUCGCCAUCUAUUCCAGGAUUUACAUCGUUGCCAGAAGCCAAGCGAGAUCCAUCAACAUUUUGGCCAGUCAGCUCAGGAUGCACAGCCCCAAACCUGGAGCAUUCAGGUCCCGAACAAGGAAAAGCACAAUGACUCUUGCCAUUGUGGUUGGAGUUUUCCUCCUCUGCUGGACUCCAUUUUUCCUCUGCAACAUCAUUGACCCUUUUGUUAAUUACACAAUAUCACCAUUGCUAAUUGAUGCCUUGGUCUGGUUUGGAUAUUUGAACUCUGCACUGAAUCCCUUCAUUUAUGCGUUUUUGUACCCUUGGUUUAGAAAGGCUUUGAGGAUCAUUAUCAGCGGAGAGGUUUUUCACAGGAACAGCUGCAGAUUUCAACUGUACUCAUGAAUAAAACCUGACAUCUGGGAGGAAAAAAACAUUUUCUGUGGGUGAUUUUCUUCUGAUGUGGUCCUGAUGCCUUAAUGCCAGAAACAGAAACUGGUUCCCAGACUGAAAAAUUGGUUCUGUUUUUCAUUAACUUGCUCAACAGGAACCGAGGAAGCAGAAGUGUCAGUGCCGGUGGGCGAGGCCUUUAUGGUGGCAAAUAAAGACGAUAUAACAACGUGUCUGUAAACGAAGCAUCAAGCCACUGAGAGAAACAUCUGUAUCUCCAAAAGACUGGUGUUCAGCUACAGCUUCUGAACCAUACACAUAUCUGUUUUUACAUCUAAACCAUAUCACCACUGUUACAUGGUCGUAUGUUGAAUGUAGUUGCUUCUGUAAACAACUUAAACUGAGACUGAAUGGAACAAAGGUGCCACAUACACUGUCAUCAUCCUUCUUAACUGAGAUCUCUGUUACUGAUUAGUUGAGUUUCUCUUUUUUUGUGUGUUUGUAUAAUUUUAUUAUUAAUAUUCUCUUACCUUUAAAUUCCCAAAUGUUUUUGACCACUGUGUCUUGUAUAAUAUUCAGUGUAUACUUUUCCAUGUGCUGUACAGCACUAUAAAUAAAGGCUUCAGUUCAUGAGUAAACAAACAUGUACAGUAAAUCAACCAUGUUUCAUCAACAUACACUUUUAUUAGUUGUCUUCAGACAGAUAACUACAUGGCCUACAUGCUGUUGGUUAGUUAGCUUAACCCAAACUAGACAUUACU